GGUGAAGCGGGGAUAAAUGCCUGAUUCCUACCCGUCCUUCACACUGUCCCGCAGUUUCUCACAAGUAGACAUUUAUGUCGCGUUGAAGGCAUGCAAAUAAAUGUAGGAAAAAUGAAGGCCAUGGUUUUUUUCAUGCUCACCUUUUGGCUUGCAGACGCAGAGCUGAAACCCAGUAAAGCGUCGGGGCUGCUGUGUACGUUCAAAGACAAGACAUACAGUCCGGGAGACAGCUGGCAUCCCUAUCUGGAGCCCUUCGGAUUCAUGUUCUGCAUGCGGUGUGUCUGCACGGAGACAGGACACGUGAAAUGCAAUACUAUCAGGUGUCCCACUCUGCCCUGCGAGAACCCAGUGACUGACCCUCAGCAGUGCUGCCCACGAUGCACAGAUGAGUCCAGGAUCCCUGCAGGGUUGAGAGCUUCAGUUAAGUCCUGCAGGUACAACGGAAGCAUUUAUCAAUCAGGGGAGACCUUCACCAAGCAUGACCUCUUUCCGUCUAGGCAGACCAAUCAGUGUGUUAUGUGCACAUGUUCUAAUGGAAACAUCUUCUGUGCUUUGAAAACCUGCCAAACACUCACUUGUUCCUCACCAGUCUCAGUUCCAGAUACCUGCUGUUUGGUGUGUAAAGAUCAUGGAAACAGUGGGUCUUCAUCUACAGAGGAUGGAAACCAGCAGCUGAACCGAGGAGUUAGACAUUCCAUAGACCAGUGUGCUGGAGAGCAGCUCAGCAUGCGGUCUGACAGAUCAGCGGUCAGGACGACUCCAAGGGGCUUGAAUCUCAAUAAAUUUAAUCUCAAAGGAGCUUCAGAGACCACGGUCAAGAUUCUGUUGCAGAGGAAACACCAAAGAGCAUGCUUAUACAAUGGCAAGACAUACUCUCAUGGGGAUAUGUGGCACCCAGUAUUGGGGAAGGUGUUGGAAUGCAUCCUCUGCACCUGCAAUGAUGGCCUACAGGACUGCAAACGCAUCACCUGUCCAAGCCAAUACCCAUGUCAGCAUCCCAUGAAGCCCGUGGGGAAGUGCUGCAAGACUUGUCCAGAGAUUAAAGCUCAAAGCAAUGACAGCCAGUGUUACCCCGGAUUUAGAAAUAACAUCCUGGUGUACAAAGUGGAGUCAGCAGUAAAAGGUCACGCUCCCGACACAAUUAGGAUCAUUGCUAUUGAAAGACAAACUACUGCUGAAGUUGAAGUGCAAGUAUGGAAGACUGUAGAAGGCGUUUUACAGCUGGUGGAAAUCGAAGAAGUUCAAAGGAAAGCUAUUAUGGAUCAUCCAGAAAACUACACAUUACUAACAACAGUUGAUCAAGAAACUUGGAGAAAAUUUAAGGAAGAGGGCGACAGUUUGAGUGAAGUCUCUGAAACCACAACUUGUGAAGACGGCAUACGGGACAUAGUGAAUUUCCUAAACCCCAAGCAGAUGGAAGGCCUGUGUUCCCCCUAAAUGAUUUUUUUCCCUUCUUCUUCUUAAUUUGUAUAGCAGUAUUACAAACAAGUACAUGGUUCACACUCUUCGUUCAUUAAAGCAGAAAAUAGAACUGUUUUUAGGGGGGGGGGAAGUUCUGAUCUCUCAUUUUAAUUGUUGCACUUUGAUGUUAUGAAAUCACUCAUAAAAUGUGUAAUAUUGUUUAUCUGUAAUGUUCUUGUUGAUGGCAUAUGUGAGCAGAAUGUGCAAUCUAAAAUCCCACCAGCAAAGCCAGUUAAAGGCAUUGGAAAGUUACAUUUUUGCAUUUAGCUUGAUUUUUUUACAAGAAUCCAUAGUUUUCUGUCAUUGUAUUUGUUCUAUAAAGCCAAGCAAAGACACCGGUGGUGUGUGGUAUCACUGUUGCGCAUUAAUUAACAAUUAGCAAUUGCUGUCCUGUUCAUGAUGGAAACAUGAGUGUACUUGGUGGAUCUGGAUUCAAUCUGUAAACAAUGUGCAUGGGAAUAUACAGCAAAGACGCUUGUGAUAACAUGAAACACUCUGCUGCAACUGGCUGAUGACUAUCAACUUACUUAUCCUUAAUUUGCUCGCCAGUGCCAUCACAGCAACACAAAUCAGUUCCUGUUACCUCUGACUCAGAAAGUGUCAAAUGUAGGGAAUACGGCCAUUCUGUGGCUGGCAUAUUAGAACGGCAUAUACAUGCCUCCGCCGAUGACAUUUGUUCAAAAUGUUUGCAGAAAUAUGCGGUCGGCCUGUAAACAUUUAGCGGGUAUUAAAAGAAACAGGCUCUGGUUGAAUGGGAGCCAGGGUAUGCUGACAUUAUAACCAUUUAUAAUCUAUUCAUCGGCUGUGGGGGUUUCCAUGUCGAAAACUUCAGAAUAGCUUCUUAAAAAUCUGUCACCCGUACACAGUGCAUGAAGAGACAAACAAAACAGUAUUUUUAUUUGAUCUGAGGGGAGUUUGCUGUCCCUUGGCUUCAUCUGACUGAAACUAAUCUAUUUAAUUGAGAAUUAUGUGACAACCGAAUCGCUGCACAGAGUCCAGGUGGACAUCACGGGGACACAAGAUACCUACUUUAUUUUAAUGGGCUUUGUAAACGCUACUGUUCAAAACAUAAAAAGACUUUCUGAGUUUGUUGUAUGGUUUUCACCAUAUUUAUUGUAAAUAUGAGCAGACAUUUUGUCACAUAAUUUAAAGGAUUGUAACUGUUACUUGUAUAAUUUCUGUGUAUAUACAUCUGAAUGUAUGGAAUUUUUGCAUUGCAUGAUGAAGUAGAAACAUUGCAUUUAAAACAUAACCUGACCCGACUGCUACAAUAAACGGAAGAGGUCCUGUUUGGUA